UGCAUAUAAGCAGCAGUAACUAAUUUUAGGAACGAGUGUGUGAACACAGCGAGAGACACAGAGAGAAAGAAAUCAUUUUGGGUUUCGGCGAAAAAAAACACAGAAACACCCACUUUUGAUCUACGAAGCCCAGGAAGGGACUCUCAAAAACAGGUAUGGCACAAACAGAAACACCAAAGGGUAGUUCAAAACUUUCAAGCUAUGAUGCUUACUUUGAGACUGUCCAGAGCAGGAAGAAAUUGUCACGUUCGUUACAAGAGACUUUGACAGCGGCAUUCGCAAGAAUUCCAGUUUCAUCCUUCCCAGAAGUUCCGGGAGGCAAAGUGAUUGAAAUUCUAGCGGACACGUCCAUUAGUGAUGCAGUCAAGAUUUUAUCCGAAUCCAACAUCUUGUCAGCUCCAGUGAGAAAACCUGAUGCUGGAUAUAGUAUGGAUUGGAGAGAGAGGUACAUUGGAGUCAUAGAUUACUCAGCGAUUGUGCUAUGGGUGUUAGAGAGUGCAGAGCUUGCAGCGGUUGCCUUGUCAGCCAGCUCUGCCACCGCUGCUGGGGUAGGUGUUGGUGCUGUUGGGGCUCUCGGAGCAGUGGCAUUCGGUGCAACGGGGCCUACUACCAUUGCUGGGUUGACUGUGGCCGCAGUUGGUGCAGCUGUGGUGGGUGGUGUGGCUGCUGACAGAGGAAUCGGGAAGGAUGCUCCCACUGCAGCUGAUAAUUUGGGCGAGGACUUCUACAAAGUCAUCCUUCAAGAAGAACCUUUCAAGUCAACCACAGUGAGUUCAAUACUUAAAUCCUACCGUUGGGCGCCUUUCCUUCCGGUUGCAACCGAUAGUUCUAUGUUGAGCGUCUUAUUGCUCCUGUCAAAAUAUAGGCUGAGGAACGUACCAGUAAUAGAACAAGGCCAGCCUUUUAUUAAGAACUUCAUCACUCAAUCUGCGGUUAUUCAUGGUCUUGAGGGAUGCAAAGGAAGGGAUUGGUUUGAUUGCAUUUCUACGCAUUCAAUAUGUGAUCUGGGACUUCCUUUCAUGUCAAGUGAUGAGGUUAUUAGCAUACAGAGCAAUGAACUGAUCCUUGAAGCUUUCAAGAGAAUGAAAGAUAACCAAAUUGGAGGCCUUCCAGUUGUCGACGGUCCAAACAAGAAGAUCAUCGGGAAUGUGAGCAUUAGAGACAUCAGAUACUUGUUGCUUAAACCCGAGCUUUUCUCCAACUUUAGGCAUCUAACCGUGAUGGAUUUCAUGAACACUAUCACUGCAACAAGUGAUGAUACUGGAAAGGUUGUCACAGCAUUAACAUGCAAGCCAGAUUCAACUCUUGGUGCUGUGAUCCACAGUCUUUCUUCGAAUUCGGUUCACAGGAUAUAUGUCGUAGAAGGAGAAGACCAUGGUGUUGUUGGCGUGAUUACUCUUAGAGAUGUUAUUUCUUGCUUCAUCGAUGAACCCCCUAAUCAUUUGGAUAAUUACUUUGGAUUUGCAAUGCAAGAAAUGUUCAAUGAGUAACACUUCUGUAGUUGAAAUUUGUAUCGCUUAGGUUCAUGUGAUGAAGACAUGUAACAAGGUCUGGUUUGCUCUAUCAGUGCAUGAUGUACAUGUAGUUCUUUAUGACACUCCAAUUGAACUUAACCCUGGGAGUUUUUUCA